AUGAUACGUGUCGUAGCUAUAGGCAUAUCGCCUGCACCGAUCGCGAUGUGUAAACCCGUCGUAAUAAUUCGUCUAAAACCAAACUUUCGAGAGGUGACGAGACCUGGUAACACAUCGCCACCACCGAUCAUAUCAGAGAGAUUCGAUUUUGGCGUCUCUGGAUUUACCGACCGACUCAUUCGUGCUCAGCCGGGCGUAACUGACGGGCGUUCAACGGCCCCGUUAUCUCGGUGGCUUUAG